CUGAGGACUGACAAUGGAGGCUGAUGCGAGCGACUUGAUGAAGGAGAAUCUUAUCGACAGUUUUAGACCGAGAUUGAGAGUUUUUAUGUCCGUGGAUCCGGUCCUGGAUCAUCUCCCUUUCCUCCGAGCGGAGCAGAAAGAAAGUAUCCGAAAAAGGGCCAAAACCGACGGCGACCUGUCGGCGGCGGACGAGCUCAUCUCCGCGGUCGUUCAGAAGCCUCACACGAAAGGUUGGUUCCAGGAGUUUGUGGACGCCUUGUCCGGGGCGGGCUACCAACAAGCGGCGGACCUGAUCCAGGUGGGCCGGCCUGACUCCCUGGUGGAGGCGGACAACGACUGCUUCAUGCGCCUGAUCGACAUCCUGGCGCCCAGCCUGCUGGACAUGGACACCAAGGAAGUGUGCACCAAAUGUUUUGCCAGAAAACUCCUCACGAAAGACGACGACGACGUGAUCCUCCGCGUAGCAGACACCCAAGGACUGAGAGACGCGGCCCGUGAGCUCCUGAAAAGGAUCGUGAGGUGUAAGUCCAGCUGGUUCUCUGAUUUCCUUCGGGUGUUGAGGGAAACUGAGCACCAUGACCUGUGUCGGCUGCUGCAAGGGUCGUCGGACUGCGACAGCACAGGAAGCCUCCCUGCGAUGGACAGUCCGGCACUGUCGGAGGACUCCCAGGACGACACCACAGACUUGUACAGAAGCGAGAGCGCCCUGGCAGAGUCACCACGAUGGUCCAGAAGGUCGAAGGCGUCAUCGCCAGAUCUUAGUGACUCGGGUGCGGCCACCAGAGUUGCAGAAAGUGCUGAUAUUGUCCUUCGAGACUAUCAGGAGGAGGUGGCUCAGCCGGCCUUGGAGGGCAAGAACAUCAUCAUAUGCCUCCCCACAGGAAGUGGUAAAACCCGGGUGGCGGUCUUUAUUGCCGCCCAGCAUCUGGGCCGCAGGACAAAAGAGGGCAAGACGGCUAAAGUGGUGGUUCUGGUGAACAAGGUUCCUCUGGUGGAGCAGCACUACGCCUCAGAGUUCCAUCCCUUCCUCAAGCACGCGUACAGAGUGGAGCGAGUCAGUGGAAGCUCUGCGCUCAAAAUCUGCUUCGCGGAUAUUUUGAAGAACAACCACGUCAUCAUCUGCACCGCUCAGAUUCUGGAGAACUCCUUGGAGAGGUCGCUCAAAGGCGAGGACGAGGGCGUGCGUCUGCAAGAUAUCUCCCUGAUGAUAAUAGACGAGUGCCACCACACCAAGAAGGGGGAGGUGUACAACCAGGUGAUGAUGAAAUACCUGAAGCAGAAGAACGCAAACACCAAGCUGAGGAAGGAGCAGAAGGAGACCGUGCCGCUUCCUCAAAUCCUCGGCCUCACCGCCUCACUCGGGGCCGGCGACGCGACGAAGCUGCUAACGGCGGAGAAAAACAUUCUGCAGAUUUGUGCCAACUUGGAUGCCUGUCAAAUCCUGACCGGGAAUCUGGGGGAAUAUAGAAAUGAACCCAGCAAAAAAAUGGUUCUCGUUGAAGACAAAAAUAAGGAUCCCUUCGGUGACGUCAUCAAGAAAAUCAUGAACAGUAUCCACACUCAUUCCCAGCUGAGCCCCGCCUGCGAGCUGGGCUCCCAGAACUACGAACAGUGGGUGGUCCAGACGGAGAGGAAAGCUGCCAAGGAGGAAGAUCCAAAGGUGCGGAUUUGCGCUGAGCACCUGCGCCGCUACAACGAGGCCAUGCAACUCAGCAACACCAUUCGCAUGUGCGACGCCUUCAGCUUCCUCAACAAACACCACGAGGAGGAGCUGAAGAGCAAACGCAGCCCCGAGGAGGAGCACGUCAUAAACAUCACCCACACCGAGAGACUCCUCUUCAAUCUCUUCACAGACAACAAGGAAAGGCUUCAGGAACUUUCCACCCAGCAAAGCAAUGAGAACGACAGCCUGUCCAAACUGCGAGACAACAUUCUCCGACUGUUCACCACCAAGGUGGAGGCCAGAGGGAUCAUUUUCACCAAAACCCGCCGCAGCGCCAUGGCUCUCAACCACUGGAUCCUGGACGACCAGAAGUUCUCGGACGUGGGCGUGACCCCCUCCUACCUCAUCGGAGGAGGGGACCAGAGUGCCGUCAAGCCCAUGACCGCCGCCGAGCAGAAGGACGUGCUGACCAAGUUCCAUGGCGGUGCGGUCAACCUGCUGGUGGCCACCUCCGUGGCAGAAGAAGGCUUGGACAUCCCCGCUUGCAACUUUGUCAUCUGCUACGGCCUGGUGACCAAUGAGAUUUCUAUGAUACAGGCCCGAGGUCGAGCUCGAGCCAAGGACAGCGUUUACAUCGUGAUCGAGGUGAAAGGCUCCUGCGUGACUGAGAAGGCGUACGUCAACGAGUACCGCGAGGACCUGAUGACUCAGGCCACGGCCAGAAUCCGACAGUUGAGUCCUGAAGACUACAACAGAAAGAUCAAAGAGUUCCAACUCCAGGCCAUCCUGGAAGAUGUGAUGAAGAAGACAAAGUCCAAGCAGAAAGGCAAGAAGUUUGAGGAGCCCUCCGAAGUUGAGCUGAGCUGCAGGAAGUGCAACAAUUUGGUGUGCAAGGGCGACGACAUCCAGAUCAUCGAAGGCAUGCACCACGUCAACGUGUCCCCGCACUUCAGUGAACUGUACAUCCGGAAAGGAAACUUGGCUCUUGAAGAACGUCUUCUGGACUACGAGACCAACGGCACCGUCGCAUGCAAGAACUGUGGCCAGGACUGGGGCUCCAUGAUGGUGUACCGCAGCAUCGACCGUCCUUGCCUGUCGCUGAAGAACUUCGUGGUGAGCAUCGGAGACAAGAAGAUGAGUAACUUCACCAAGUGGAGCGAGCUGGCCGUCAACUUCCAGGCCUUCGACUACAUCGAGCACGCCAGCUGCUUGGCUCUCGCUGCGGCUGACCACACCUUCUAGGUAAACAAAGGAUUAUUGGCGCUUUUAUUCUGAAAUACAUUUAUGGCUGGCAAUCAUCAACUGCUGUGCUUCUCCAUUUAACGUAAACAACUGCCGUCUAAUAUGACAUACUAUAUAUAUUUAGGGAAAGUAAAUCAAAAAUAAAGUGAACUUGAAUCAAUUUAUGAUCAUGAUUUAUGUUAGGCCAGCAGCUUCUCCAUAUUUUCUUGAAUAAAUGUCC